UUGGUUCAAGUUGCAGACAGACAAUUUGAAGCAUUACGCUAAUGUUGGCUAACCAACGCACUAUAAAGUUAGCUGUAACACUGAAUUCCUACUCCCGAUACUCCCAAGAGCCUUAUUGGUCUUAUUGUUCUCCUUUUCUUUCAUUCAGCAAAUCACGUAGUUUGUUUGAAUAUGUUCACGUAAGCUAAUGAAAUAGCGGACUACUAAUAAGCCAUUGGCUCUGUAAUAAUACGAAGCGUCCGGGUGUUGCCGACUAUAGAUUACGCUGACGUUUUAAACACUCGCGAAGUAAUUCAUUGCACCUUUUUUUUUUUAUUUUUUUUAAUUUAACUACAUUAUCACUUGUUGCAUUCAUAGAUUUACAUGAUGAGCUCGAUGUUAGCGGUAGUUGAAUAAACUGUCAUUUCAGUUACGUCUUCAUCUUGUCAUCUGCUAGUAACUCAGAUAUCAAUCCGUAGGUUAUCACGUUAAUGUCACACUUAGUGGGGUGUCCUGACAUACUUUUAGCAAAUACAACGACCAGCCACAAGUUGCACAAAGAUAUAAUUAGAUCCAAUCCAGGAGCUGUAUCAAAUAUGAAAAUGCCCAGUUUUGAAUGACACUGUCAGAGAGGGAAUAAUUGAUAACAAUACAAUAUAUUACUGUUGUUGUUGGGCUGCUAUAAUAUAGCUGUAAAAUUACAAGUAAAAAAAACAAGUUUUGCUUUGUUUUAUUUCCCUUUCUGGGACUUUCUUUAUUUCUCCUAAUACUAUGCAUGUAACACGCUUUAACCUACAGAACUUGUAAAUAAACUUACAAACAUCAUGAUGAAUCAAGCCUGCUGCAUCAUACCUGGAGCUGUUCCUAAUAUUUUCACUUCUUUCAUUUGAGGUGGCUAGAAUAUUAGACCUUCAUAAAGGGAGAGUAUUUGCUGCAACUCUUGUAUAGGAUGUCAUUAUAGUGUGGAAGUGGUCCUGUUGUCUUCCUUCUUAACCACAAUAGAUUCUAUUACUAGGUUAUAGCGUUUGCACUUCUUACCAUACCAUUUUCUGUACUGUGCAUCCUUCUCUGUCUCAUCAUUCCAGUGUCCUGGUCUGACAGCUGCAUGCUGCAUGUCUGAUAUAAACUUGUCUGUCACCCAUCCGCACUCCUUUGAGCUUGUGAUCCACUCUUUCGAGAUGACCGCAUCACCUGUGCAUGCUGUGCUGUGACUUUGACACAAUGAGAAAAGACCGAGAUAACCCUCUGGUAUUGUCGUCCAAGAAACCGUGCCAGGGCCAAGCGAAUAUUGGACAAGCUCUAAAAACGCUACAUGCUGUUCUGGAAGUGGAAGAGGAGCAAACAGAGCAGGCCCUCUCUGUGGGGCACCUUCGGGAACCACAGGAGGCUGUGAGGGAGGUGACUUCCAGAGGUGCGUGCCAAAAAAACAAACACUCCAGCAGGCCACGGUGUCCCUUUAAAGACAGUGGGCGAUACAGUAACAUUGAGGCAGGCAGGGCCACACGCAAGACACGGACAAAUGUCCAGCAGCUGUUGCUGAUGCUGUCUGGGAAGAUAAAUAGUGAGCAGGGAGUCAAUAAAUUGGAUAGGCAGGAAUUGGAGCUCGAAAAAGCCAUCAUCCUGUGCCACUUACUAGACACCCACCAAGAUUUUUUGCACAAAAGACAGAUUGCAAGACAAUUAGCCCAAGAUGGCAGCAGCAGCAGCAGCUUCAAUCAGAUUGUGCCUCACCUAACCCACUCUAGGACCUUGCCGCGUGGAUCCAAAAUUAACCCUGGUCCAUCCAAGAAGAAAACCAAACAGGACCAGCCAUUACUGCAGUCAGUAAGCACUGACUUGUGUGUAGAUGACGCCUUUGCCACAAGUGUAGCAGUGGACACCUGUUGGAGGAGUGCUCUGAAAAUUUGUCACCUUUAUAACACUCCCCAUGCACGACACAACGACCAGCCCCCCGACGACACAGAGUCUACUGGGUCAGACGAGUUCCCUCCCUUCGAAUGCAUGGACAGAAACAUGGCGAAUGGGGCAGACUACCGGUUUCUGGUACGGCAAAACUUUGAACUCUUGCGAGCGCUGGAUGAGCUUAAGAAGACAUGCAGCAUACUGAAGGAGGAAAAUUGCCUGCUGCGGAAGAGCAGUGCUCCAGAAACGGAGGAGAAGGUCAGGCGGCUGAGGAGGAAGAACACAGAGCUGGCAGUGCUUGCCAAAAGGCUGGAGGAGAGGGCCCGGAAAUUGCAGGAGGCUAACCUCAAAAUGGUGAGUUCUCCAUCACUGAUAAAGCCUGGAUCAGUGGAACAGUACAAGAGGGCGUUCGCACGUCAGCGAGCACGUGACCUGGCCCAGCACGCGGAUGCACUGUUAUGCAAAGACAAGGAGAUCGCUGUGCUUCAGCAGGACUUCAAGGAACUGGAGGCACGACUGGGCACUGCUGAAGGUUCCCCUAUCCCGUCGAGCAGAGGGGAAUUUGAGAAACUUCUUAGGGAGUCUCAGAGAGAAGUUCUUCGGCUCCAAAGGCAGUUGGCCGUCACCUCAGCCACACAGCACCAAAACCACAAUCCUGAUCCUGGUGGCCCGGAGAAGUGUGAGAUACCUGCUGCGGUGGAGAUUGUUGAAGAGAGGGUUGUAGGAGAGACCCCGUGUGUGCCAUUAGAUGAAUCUCCAUCUAGGUGUGAGAAAACUCCUGCAAAGGAGGAGGAGUCGGGGCUGCCAGUGACGCCCCACCCGGGCCUCAGCCCGACCCCCUCCCAUCAGGAGAAAAAUUCAGAGGACAAGCAUCUUCACUAUCUGGAGAGUGAGCUGACAAAGAAGAGAAAAGAAUGUGAAUAUCUUGAACAUGAAGCAAAGAAGCGGCAGAAGAAAUGCCUGGAUUUGGAGAGCCAGCUUGAGGAUGAGCAGGGCAAAAAUGAGAAACUAAAGGAGGAGGCAGAUCUCCUCAGGAGGAAGGCACAGCUGCUCGACCAGACUCGAGUUGAGAAUGAGGAGUUGAGGGAAGAACUCUCUAAAGUGACCGCUCAACACAAUUCAGUUCUCGAGGAGAACCAGAGACUCAGUGCCAAACUGGAGAACCUAGAGCAGGUCCUAAAGCAUAUGCGAGAGGUCGCUGAGCGAAGGCAGCAGUUGGAAUUGGAACAUGAGCAGGCUCUGGCUAUCCUUAAGUUCAAGCAGGAUGAAAUCAAACGGUUACAACGGGCUCAGUUAUUUGCCAAGAGGGAGCAUGAAGGGGUGGUCCAGAUGUUGGAGGAGUUGACUCAGCUUGUGUUGCGGAGGGAGCUGUCAAAGGUGCGAGAUCUGGAGGAGAAGUGUCGCAGCCAGAGUGAACAGUUUGGCUCGUUGUCCCGGGAAUUGGAUAAGUUUCGACUGCAGGCCUCAAAGGUGGACCUUGCUGGUGCCGGCCUUCUUAACCACUCCGGCCUCUCUGUUCUGACAAAUGGAGUGGACCUGUCUACAGCGCGAGACUGCACAGAUGGCUCAUGGGAUAUGGAGUCUCUGAGCGAAAUAGCCUUCUGGAGUCUCGAGGGAGGUGACACUCUCUCCUGCCCUGAGGAUGUGGCUGCCGCACUACGCACGGGGACCACCCCCCAUGCUGCAGGGCUGUCCAGGGUGGAGCGCUCGCCGGUCACCAAGCAUCGAGAGCUUCCCACAAUCAGUGUCAGCAAGUCAGCCUCAUCCUCCAUCAAGUCUGAGACCACAAACCUCACCCCCAAGUCUGACACCCACCUUAGUCCGCACAAAUCAAGCCCAACGCAUGAGGUUGACACUGCAAGUGAGGUGGAGGAGCUGGACGUUGACAUUGCCGCUGCACCUUGCACUGCUAGCGGAGGAGCAUCGAAGCUUCAGGUUUUUAUUGCACGAUACAGCUAUAAUCCUUACGACGGCCCCAAUGAUAACCCUGAAAUGGAGCUACCACUCACUGCUGGAGAAUACGUUUAUGUGUAUGGAGGCAUGGAUGAUGAUGGCUUCUAUGAAGGCGAGUUGGUAGAUGGAAGGAGAGGGCUGGUCCCCUCUAAUUUUGUGGAACGUGUAUCCGAUGACGAUAUCAUGGGUACUCAUCCACCAGUGACUAGUGAUAUAACCCACAACUCCUUGCUAGACAGCAGUUUGCACAGUGCCAGCCACCAGCGUCACCUCCACACAAGUGUCCGUGCCUCGGAUAGAGUAGAGGCCUCUUCUGUCUCUGGCCCCGCCUCAGCCUCUUCCAAUUCGGCCUUGGCUGUCUCAGCCCCCCUCACCAAUGGCCUGGACUUGGAUUUGGAGGAGGUGGGAGUGGACACUGUGCCUUACCCACGUAAGCUCACCCUCAUCAAGCAGCUUGCCAAGAGCAUCAUCAUCAGCUGGGACCCUCCGUUGGUGCCAGCUGGGUGGGGCAAUGUGUGGAGUUAUAAUGUGUAUGUGGACCAGGAGCUCCGGCUCAAUGUGCCCUUCGGUGCCCAGACCAAGGCAGUGCUGGAGAGGCUUGACAUCAACCUCAAAGCCUACCGUGUAUCUGUGCAGAGCCUGACAGAGAAGGGCCUCUCAGAACAGCUGCGCUGCAGUAUGCUCAUUGGUAGGGACGUCUGUGUGGCCCCUACGCAGCUGCGUGUGGACAGGGUCACCGCCACCUCUGCCAACCUGUCCUGGCUGCCUAGCAACAGCAACUAUGUGCACAUUGUGUCCUUGAAUGAGCAAGAGUGUGAGCUGGUGAAGGCUGGCUGCUAUUCGCUGUGCCUCAAUAACCUCUUACCCUGCCUGCACUACACAGUCAAAGUGGAGGCGCGGCCACACCGCACGCCUUGGGAGUUACCUGUGGAGCGUCGUGAACGCAGAAGUGCUAGCAUCAACUUCAGCACGCUAAUGGCAGUUUCAUGCCCACAGUCUGGGAACACAGGCCCUCCUGAUGCUCCACUGGAUGUACAGUUGGAGCAUGGUCCUUCACCAGGUAUUGCCCUCAUCAGCUGGCUACCGGUCACUAUUGAUUGUGCAGGGACCUCCAACGGAGUCCGUGUCUCUGGUUACACUAUAUAUGCAGAUAAGAAAAAGGUGCUGGAGGUGUCUUCUCCAACAGCCGGCAGUGCACUGCUGGGGCCCUCCCAGAUCCAAUCCCUCCAGGCAGCUCAGGAGCUCACUGUUCGCACUAUGUCUGCACAUGGAGAGUCUUGUGACUCUUUUCCAGUCAAUGUGCCCUCCAAGCUAGCUGCUAUAAUGGCUGGCCCAGUUGCAACCACCCCGGUAGUGCCACGCCUCACUUGCAACCCUGUAGUACCCAAUAACCUGUCCUCUUUGCUUUCUUUCGGAAACUCUGCUGCCAAAGUCUCCACGCUGCCCUGCCCGUCAUCUCCAGAUAGACACAUUUCUGGCCUCACAGCGGAGGCUGCUGCCAACUGUCCUCAUGUCCCACACACUGAGGUCUUAGUGUCCUCAGCCUCAUUUGUACAGGCCUGGGCUGACCCCACAUCUGCUGCCAUGGCUGCGUGUGAGGCUACAUUACCCGUUUCAUCAAUCGUAACCCCAGUGAUUAAUGUGAACUCCCCCGCGUCGUCGGCUCCUCAAGCGGAUCCUGUAAUAGCACCCGCACAAACACCAGAGGUGGCACCAGCGGCCACAUUGGACCAACGCAGAGAUGCAGACAGCCCUGGAAGUAUACGUCCUUUUCCAUCCAUCACAGAGUUCAUUGAGGAUCCCUGUGCCAAACUCAGAACGCCGGAGCGUAUCCCCACACCGCCCAAAGCCCCAAUCACAGACCUCCUUAAUCCUCUGGACACAUUAAUCCUCCGACCCCCCAGUACUUCACCGCUGGACUCUGAGGUUGAGGAGGAACAAGAGAACAAACGCUUAGUGUCAAUUGAGGAGUUCUUGAGACAGGACCGGGACCCAGCGUACACAAUGGCGCAGCAGAGCUAUGGCACAGGGUUGAUCGAGCAUCCAAGUGAUUACCUCGCUGACAACAGCCGCUCAGAUCUGUCUGACAUUCUAGAAGAGGAAGAAGAUGAGCUUUACUCUGACCACCUUGUGGAAGCGCCCACCAGGGGAUACACAGUUACAGCUGGCAGGUUAACCAAAUCAGAACCUUCAGAGAGUGAUGAAGAUGUUGUUGAGAGGAUCCUCAAGUUACCCCCUCAGGAAUAUCGCAGCAAGCAACUGUUCAGUAUUCCUGAGGUGAGUGAAGAGGAAAACGGUGGUCGGAAAGAACCUUUACAUCAUCACGUACAGAUUCCGCUGAGGCCCAGCCAUCUUCAUCCCAGAGACACAGAACUCCUUCAUCAUGCUCCCCAGUGUCACCACCAACCACACGUUCCCCCUCAGCAGCACCACUUCAACAGGGAUCCCAGAUCCCUCACCAAAGAGCCUUUAUUUAGGCAAGUCAAGCCCAAGAUGCAGCACAGAGUCCACUAUUCAGAUGCAGUUGACACUGUGAGUUAUCCUGGUGAAAAAGAAGUGCGUUUAUGUGAAGGUCCAGCCAACAGGCGACUUUCUGUCCGCUGUCCCCCUCAGUCUGCUCCCAACAAAGACAGAGUACUACUCAGAGGAUUAGGGGACCGCCUUAGGAGGGAGGCCAUGCUCAGGAGUCAGAAGGCUGCAGCAGCAGCUAACCCAGGCUAUGGCCCUACCCCGCCAAGACCCUACCCAGUCAGCAAAACAGUACGUACUGUGAGGUCACCCAUUAGUCGUGGGAUGGAGAUUGAUGUGGAGUAUGGCACGGAUGACAAUGAGGAACCAGAUGCGUGCGCUUCAGGAGAGGUGGUGCUGGAACAGAUGAGCUCAGAGUGGUGGAUCGAGGGGGCUGAAAUGGAGCACAUAGGACCGUCUUACCGCCAAGGAACAAAGUCCAUGGAGCCGAGUCAACAAACGAGAUCCGAAGCAGGUCCAUCACAGGGGCCAGACUCCAAGCCAUCUUCUAAUUCAGUUGGUUUGCAAAGCAGGCAGCUUAAAGGUUGUUUUGAAUCACCAAAGACAAAAGGGGACAAAAGUGAAUUCCGCAUCUUUGUGGCCCUCUUCCCUUAUGACCCUGCCACCAUGUCACCCAACCCGGACGCUGCCGAGGAGGAGCUGCCCUUUCGAGAGGGACAGAUCAUCACAGUUUGCGGGGAUAAAGACUCUGACGGGUUCUACAGAGGGGAGUCUGGUGGUCGUUUGGGCUAUGUGCCUUGCAACAUGGUGUCUGAGAUCCAGGUGGAGGAUGAAGAAACCCGGCAGCAGCUUCUGGAGCAGGGCUUCUUAUCGACCCCAGCGUCCAUAGAAAAAAUAGAUUUUUGGUUUCACAUAUUUUGGUUUUCUAUUCUGAAAUCCCAUGAAGGCACUCGCACACAUGCACAGCUUCCACGUCGCCCUGUUCCACCACCGAAACCGAGACGAUCCAAGAAAGUGGAGUCUGCAGCACUCUGGCAGGAGAGUGUAGACUCCUCCAGUGAAGAUCCAAGCCAGGCAGCUGCUGCAACUGCAGCAAACCCCAACCCAGGAUCUCGCCGGAUGGUGGCCAUCUUUGAUUACGAUCCACGAGAGAGCUCCCCAAACACCGAUAUUGAGGCCGAGUUGACCUUCAGCGCCGGAGACAUCAUCCACGUGCUUGGCGACAUGGAUGAAGAUGGCUUCUUCUAUGGCGAUUUGAAUGGACAACAAGGCCUGGUGCCCUCCAACUUCCUGCAGGCUUUACCAGAAGAUGCCCCGGCCGAUCCCGUCUCAGCACAGCCUGCACCAGAACAUAAAAAAGAAUUACAGGGGAGUUCCUCUCUAGAGCUGCAGGAUGCCGGGCCCUCGACAAGCCAGGAUGCUUCGAUCCCACAAACAGAACCUCCUUGCCCGCAUCUAAUAGAACAUUCAGAACCACCGCCCCAUCUGCAACUGCCCACAAGCCCCACAUCAGACUCGGGCGUGGUUCCAGGCCCAGCUCCGGGGCGUGCCUCUCCUCUCACCCCGCACCCGGCAGACAGGCCGGUGUUGGCCGACUGCUCUGCACAAGGCAAGAAGAAGAAAGGCUUCUUCUCCAAAGGCAAGAAACUGUUCAGAAGGUUUGGAUCCAGCAAAAAAGAAUGAAAGGCAGGACCUCAAACUUGAUACUCUUUUCAAUCAAGCACUUUCUGUCUGCUCAUUGUUAGUGCAGUCAGAGAUGUUACUGUCCAUAGUUAUACUGGACAUUUGCCUUCGAGCACUGCUUGACGAGCUGGAAAUUACAGAGUUACUGUAGAAUUGUGCAAUCUCUCUACUCUCAUCGUUCCUUAGCAAAGCGUCCCAUUCUUCAAUACGCAAUAUAAAAGCUGAAAUGUGCGGUUGUUUCCCCGCUACAGAAGGCUACUGAAGCAAGGCCUCGGCCUUCUGUGUCCAGGUAAUAACAAAAAAUGCUUACUUGCCACUUUCUCUAAAGAAAGCAAACAAGUAGAGGCGGCAGUCCUCCUCAUCUGCUGCACGACUAUUCACUCCACAGUUGGUCCUCACGUCUUUCUGACUGUUUGUACGUUUGUCAUACGGAUCCUGCUUGUAUCUGCAGCAAUCGCGGUCCCUCAUUGGAGACACGGUGAACGACUCUCUAGAGUGUGUGUGUGUGCAUGUGUGUGCGUGUAAUUGUGUGCGCUGCCCAAAGGAAACUCCUUUUCCAGACAUUAACACAGGAAUACUCACCAGUACCACCAAAUUAUGCACACAACAUAUUAAAUGUAUUUAGGAUUCAGUAUUAGACGUUUGAGUGCAGCAUGGUGUUUUGUUUUUUUUCCCCACAAGGAUUUAGAGGGAGUUCAUAGAAAAAGUAACUGUUAGAAACCACAAUAAAAGGUAAUAAUCCCGCACUGCAUCAAUUUGAAUGAAUAUGUAGUAUUUCCGCGUAAUUUUGUCCAGCACGUCGGCAGCGUCUUUAUGUUUGUCAAGUGUGGUGAAGCAGAACAUUUUUUCAAUGCGCAGAGCUGCAGGUGUUCUUGCACAUCCAUCCGUUUUGUAUACUACUUACUUUGUUUCGUGUUGUAAAAGUAGCAACCUAUCCUAGCGAGAGAUGUGCUACACACACACACACACAGUUUCAGUUUCCCACCGACAGGCAAUUUAGAUUGUCCCGUGUGAACGUAUGUUAACCCAUACCACAAUACCACUGACACAAGCACAGUGAGAACAUGAAAAAGCCAUGCCAAGGUUCAAACCUUAACCCUUGCCAUGGGGCAGUACUGCUAACCAUGUUGCUGGAGAACAGUUCAGUUCAAAUGCAAUAGUGUGUGCCGCUUAACUUUCUCUACAUCUUACUGAACUUGAAGGCCACAGUAUACAGGUGCACCUCAAGCUUGUUUUCAUCGUGGGCCUCAUCAUAGUUGCGGUUGCCUUCACGUGGUCAAGUUCACGUUUCAGUUGGGAAAGAGGGGCAGAUUUAAUGACGUUUAAAAUACAAACUAACAGCUGCAAGCUUUUCUUUUAAGGAAAGUGCAAGAUCAAUAGUUGAUCUACUUUUUAGUCAACUAUCAGUGCAACGGUAACCGUUUGCAUUAUUAGUCAAUAAAAAUACUAAUAAUGCAUUUGUUAUUGCUCGUGCUCCAUCUGAAAAGCGCGGCCCGGGAGAGGCUGUUUAAUGCUGCGUGUGUGGGUACCCUAAUAAUCUCCCAGUGCUAUUACAUACUUGCCCCUCCAUUUGACGAGCACCUUUUUUAUGGCGAUAACUACUUUUGAAAAGAAAAAAAUGGAAAGAAAAAUUGGGGCAAGCUUUUGGAUUUGGCCCGCAAGCCUCGAGUUUGACACCUGCGCAUUUGAAUAUCGUGGAAAACAAAAUUUGUUUCACUGGAUCAAUUCAAAAAGUGUUAUUUUACAUGGACUCACAAGACAGAACAAAAUAUUUCAUCAUUUCCAUUUGUAUUAUUUUGUUGAUUAUAGUUUACAGCUUUUUGAAUAUUACACAAGACAACUCUUCACGGUUUUUAAUGUAGAAAUCAAGCAGGAAUUGGCCUUUCUUUUAUUUAAUGAAAUCUGCACAAUACGAGUUUCACAUUUUGAAUUAAAAUACUGAACUAUUCUGAACUACUGUUCAUUUUUAUUGAGAGUAAAUGUAUAUUACAGAAGGAAACCUGCUUCUAGAGUAUAAGGAGGAAGGAAUAUCAUAUAUUUUUUUUGUCAUGGCACGUGUGUGUAGUGUAAGUGUGCUGUAUUGUGUGUACCUGUAUUUGCGGUGCAGUUGAAGUGAAUGUGUGUCAGCGCUUGUAACAGAACAUUCCUGUUCCUGUUGGUAACUUCUCAGGUGUUUCAUAUGUAGCUUAAGACCCUAUAGCUUCCCAUCAAAAAGUGGAAAAAGUGCAGAAAAUGCCAAACACUUUAGGUGCUUUUAUUUCAUUUCGUUUAGCUACAAAGGAAGAGGAUCUAGUCAAGCUCCUGUCGUGUUAGUCACUUUAGUUCUAAGUUAAGUAGUUAAGUCAUUAGUCGUCGUUGGUCAGAGGGAGCGUGACGAUGCCAAGACUAUAAAAAGGAGGUGGUGGGGGUGGGGGAUUUUGUGGACGCUUUAUUUGCAAAUUAGCCGGGACAUAAGCAAGACUUGAGGCUGCAAUCAUUUCUUUUAUUUUGUAUUUUUUUUUCAGAGGACGCGAGUUUCUGAAGCGUACAGUUGUAUUGAAUUUACGGCCUUGAAUGCACAAGUAUUAUCGCGACCUGCUGUUUAGUUAGUAGACUGCACUCCUGCUGCUCUGCGUUACACCCACAUACACGUAGUUAACAGUAUUUAGCCUUACCAGAAGACAAUGUUUAGUCUUAAUAUGUUGUUUACAGGAUGUUUGUUGAUUGCAUGAAUACCAAUAUUCUGCCCAUAUUCUGCCUUAUUUAUUUAUUUCAUAUUUAUGUUUUCUUUGUCUGACACAUCUACAAUGUGAGUUGUAGAUUGUUUGAAAUGCAGUGAAAAGGUCGUUGUAGGAGUUGUGUAUAUAAUGGACAGUGUUUGAACUCUCCCCCCCCCCCCCCCCC